UCUCUCCCUGCUCCGUUGACCACCUUUAUUAAAGUCCGACUGCGCCAGGAGCACAUUGAGCACAUUCGUGAGACAGCACGCGUACGCAGGCGGUCUCCCAAGGCAACGUAUGAUAGAGCGAUAGCAGGAGCUUGUCCCGUCGCCCGUCCUGUCCUCUACUGUCCGCAGCGGGUCAGCAGGAGCGCCGGUGGACCAUGUUCGAUUGGUUCAGAGAAAAAAAGGAAGCCGAGAAGGAUCCCUGUUUGGAGGCCAUGGGCGCCUACGUGAGGUGCGUGGAAGGCAAGGCCGACGGACUACGGGACGGGGACGAGUGUACCGCAGAGGUCGAAGCGUACAAAAAGUGCCGCCAGCUGGUCAGGGAAGCAAAGAAGCUUGCAAAGGCCGAUGCCGCCGUCCCUGCUGCUGGUGGUACAACAGCGGAUGAUGGCGACAAACAGCAGCCGCGAUAGCACAGCGCAUGGUGUUAUGUCCGUGAGGUUGGCACCACCGUCGCCUGUAGCUUUAGUAGGUCCUCAGUGGGUGUCACCACCGUUGCCUGUAGUUAAAGGAGGUCCUCAGUGGGUAGUCGGGAAAGUUUGCGGCGAGGAUGUUUGGAAGGCUGGUGGAAGGCUGGGAACGGUAUUAAUAACCUUCGUCUCUAGUUCAAACUGGAGCUGCAGUGUGUUAUCUUUGCUCCGCGCUAAUCUUGCAGGCGGUGCACUACCUUCGCCGUUCGCGACCUCUCGCCGCAGCAGUUGACUUGAUGCCGAAUCAAGCGGUGUCGGCAGUCUAGUACGCCAAGCUUGGGGCUGCGAAAGACUAUUAAUAACAUGACGAAGGG